CCAUCAUUUGGUUGGGGUCUGCACAAUAAAUUAAGGUCAGGGAGAAGGUCAGGAUUCUCUGCCUCCUGAGGAACAUUUAAGAAAUGGAAAUUACAAAGAGCAUGAACAGUUCAGAUCUGGAACACAAGGUCUUCCUGAGAAACCUGGAGGAUUUAUGGCUCGCUAAUGGUAGCAAUGAUAAAAACAUAAAUGCAAAGAUCCAUGGCAAAAAUGAGCACUUCAAGCCAUGCCACUGCCUCCCAGAAGAGCAACAACAGUGCCAGAUGAUGAAAGCUUGCAGAUUUUUGGAGACUGCUACAUAAAAGUGGAAACUGAAAAUUUCAAAUACGCAGCGUUUGUCCAAGGGAUGUUAUCUCAGCAUCUAAAAACGAACGCAGAAUGAGGAAUCCUGUCGCCAUACGUCUGAGAAUGAUGAACGAAAACUUUCACGAGGAACUCUCUUUACCGUGGGACAACUGCAGUGCAUGAGGAGAAGGCAGCACCGGACCGACCGUUCCUGCUCGCCCCGCUCCCUGCUGGCGGAGUACGCGGCUCUCGAGUCCGCUCCCGAGCGGCCUUCACCGCUGCGCCCGGCGGGCUCCCGCAAACGCCGGCGGCCGGCAGCGGCCUCCUCUCCCGCCGCCCCGCCGCCUCUGCCGGGCGGGCUCGGCCGCCCGCCCCUCGCCCGAGGCCCGCCCGGGGCCCGCCCGCCGCCGCGCCGCCCGCCUUCCCGCCGGCCCCGGGCGCACACCCCGCCUCACGGGCGGAGGAGCCGCGGCCCGGCCCGUUGCCGGGCAACCGCCGCCGCCUUCCCAGCGUGCCUCAGUGCUGCUUUCCGCCGGGUUUCCGUCCGCCGGCAGCGGGUGUCCUCGCCGCCAUCUUGUGCCUGGGCGAGUCGCGCAGCCCGGCGGGCCGCCAUGGAGACAGGUGAGGGGUGGCGGUUGCCGCUGCCUCCCGGAGCUCGCAGUGCUGGGCCCGGCGGGACCGCGCGGCGAGGGGCGGGCGGGCCGAGCGCUUGCGGCCCGGGGAGGGGCCGCCUGCGGCCCUGCCGCGCAGGAGCUGGGCCCGGCGUGGCGCCGCCCUGGCGGGCGGCAGGUGCUGGACGGGUUCUGAGCCCGCUUCCUCGGAGAAGGGGGCUCGGGGAAGUUCCUGCUGCCCCGCGGGCCCUCCCGUUUCCGCCCCGGUCAGGCCGGCUCCGGCGCCGCGUUUGCUCCGUUGCCGCCGUCUGUGGCGCUCCUGGAAGUACCCGCGGCGCUCACCCUGCCGGAGGCCGUGGGAGGGGAGGUGGCGAGAGGGCGUCAGAGGGCGCGUCCGUGGUGGCAGAGCUAAAUCCCGCGUUCCCAAAACUCUUAAAUAGCUCUUGCCACGGAUGGCAGCCCGACCUCACUUUUAAUAUUUGCUCUUGAUUCAGGAAUCGGAGCUGCAGAUCUGGGAGCACAGGGCCUUCGGUCAGUCCCAGUCUGUCCUUCAUCCUUAUUCCUGUGGAAAGCAUUGGUUUUUCACACUGGGCUAGGUGCUAUGCCUGAAUAGCUUUUUGGAAGAAGGAAGGUGUGUUUAGAUGCAGCCUUUUCAGAAGCAUGUAUAUCCUGGUGUUAAGGUCUGUCUAUGGCCGCAGCUGGGAACUGAAAGUUGGCCUCGCAGUCCUGUGAAUGAGUGGUCUCUAGCGGUAACAGCAGAGCUCUGAGAAUGGAGAGCCUGUCUUCCGUCAGUAAGGGUUUGCUACGUGUUCGUUAUGGUUAAGACUUAGGUGUUCUCCUUAUUGUUACCCGUGUUCUCAACUUGCAUUGUACUGCUCUUGUAUUCUCUGUUCAAGUUUCGUUGUUUUUUUUUUUAAGGACAUAGUAAUUUCUCUCUAGUAUGGAAAUGCUCUGAGGUGUGAGAUGGAGUCACUAAGGAAUUAGAGGCUUGUCACUACAAUAUAAUAGCAAAUAGAAUUUAUCAGAUUACUACCACCUAAUUUUUAUGUCCGAAGUUUUAUAAGCAUUACAUAAAUAAUUAUUUCCUACUUAAAAUAUUUUAUUUAGUCUUCGUUGAUGCUACAAAAAUUAAAAGAACUAAAGGCAGUGUGGGCUAUUUUAAACAGAUUAAAAAAUGACUGGUUAGUAGUUUGUAAAAAAAAAAAAAGUUUUAAAUGUAGAGUCAUUAUUUACAUGGAUUUUUUUUUUUUCCCCAUCAAGAUCCCCUAGAGCUUAUGUUCUCAAUGAAAUAUUUAAUAGUUUUCAAAAUUAAUACAAACAUAGGUGAUGGAAAAUCUGCAAUAACCAACCUGGAUCAAAUAACAUUGUUUAUACCAAUAGCAGAGAGACCUUUUUCUAGAAUACAGUGACAAUGAAAAAGAAAAAAUUUAAAAUGAAGAUACUUUGGCAUGAUUCUAAGAAAGUCAGGUGAUUCUUUAUUCCUCUCUUCUGGUAUGGUAGCCCCCAGCUCAUAUAGUCAUGGGCAUAAAUGCAGAUAUUAAGUGAAUUUCUUAUGACUAGUGCUGGACAGGCAAAAAACUGUCAUUCCCCAGCUUUGAUUUAGUAUUGGGUUCAAGUAGGUAGGCUGUUCUUCCAUAUUUCACCAUUCAAGA